AUGCCUUUACCACGGCGCUCGUCCGGGGCUCGCGGAGGGCGGUCGCCCGACACCGCCUACUUCGUCCGGUACAGGCGUCGCCCGCCUCGUGUCCCGCUUCACCUCAGGGCACGGGCGGCCGAGACGCCGGCCCAAGGAGAGAAAACGCCCUUCAAAAGCCCGUGGAGCCCUCGGUUUGCUCGGUGGCAGCCGUCAGUACUCGCCUUGGGCCGGCCGUCCCACGCCGCUGUCGUCACCGCCGCCGCGUACGAUAACGGGGCCAUGGCAAAGAUCAACGCAGAGAGUGAGGCCGGGCGAGUGAGUGAGCGCAGCGCGCGCCAACGGCCGACGGCCGGCGGCGUCACCAGUGAUUCAUCGCCCGCAGAUGGCGGGCGUCCUCCGCCCGCGGGGCUCUCCGCCACCCGCUCGCCAUUCUUUCACCAUAGCCGUCGCAGCCAACGAAGCACAUCUCGUUUGAAU